AUGUGUUUUCAGAGCUACAAGAACAUUAAGGAAAGAGCCCAGUGCACACUGCAGGAUCCAGAGCUGUUCUCAGGGGCACUGAUAGAUGUGGCCAAACACCUGGGCAACCUGAAAUUCCAAGUCUGGGAGAUGAUGCUGGGGAUGGUGCAGUACACUCCCGUGAUACUUGACCCCAAGACUGCACGUUCUGAUCUCUCUCUCUCUGAUCAACUGACCACUGUGACAUUCACAGACAGAAAGCAGAAAUGUCCUGACAACCCAGAGAGGUUUAGCUGCUGUUUGGCUGUGCUGGGAUCUGAGAGGUUUACCUCAGGAAAACACAGCUUUGAGGUGAAUGUUGGGAAUAAAACCUCCUGGGAUAUAGGAGUGGCAAACAAGUCCAUCAUUAGGAAGUCAGGUAUACCACUCUGCCCAAAGAAUGGAUUCUGGCUCUUAUUGCAUAGGAAUGGUGAUAUGUACAUAGCAGGAGGUAAUAAACUCACACUGAAGAAGAAACCCCAGACCAUCAGAGUGCAGCUGAACUAUGACAGGGGGGAGGUGUCUUUCUUUGACUCCAGUGACAUGGCCCCCUUUCACACUUUUACUGAAACUUUUACUGAGGGAGUGUACCCAUACUUCUCUCCCGGUUUUAACAAAGAUGGUAGGAAUGAAGCACCCCUGCAAAUAUACCCAGUAAAGGUUUCUGUGACAGUGACAUCGUCCAAGUGAAGAUAUUCGAUAAAAAAUGAAUUCAGU